AUGUUUGGCUCUAUUACUGAUGUUCUUGAUACUAUUGUUGUUGAUUCUGAAUUUGUUGAAGAAAAAGCUAAGGCAAUUAUUACUGAUGUUCUUGAUACUAUUGUUGUUGAUUCUGAAUCUGUUGAAGAAAAAGCUAAGGCAACCGGAUAUCUUAAAGUUUGUCAAACAUUUGAGAUUGCUUUCAUAUUGCAUUUAAUGAGAGAUAUUUUAGCGAUCACAAAUGAGCUUAAUGAGUCUUUACAAAAGAAAGAACAAGAUAUUGCAAAUGCCAUUCUACUUGUUAAAGUGGUGAAGAAACGAUUGCAAGAUUUAAGGAAUGAAGGAUGGGAUUCACUUGUCGAGAAUGUGUCCGCAGUUUGUGUCAAGUAUGAUAUUUUGAUACCUAAUUUUGAUGAGUUCUAUGUUAAUUUUGGAAGAUCUCGACGUAAAGUUGCUGAGUAUACUAUUUCACAUCACUAUCGUGUGGAAGUAUUUUUUAAGAUUAUUGAUUGGCAGCUUCAAGAACUCAAUGAUCGUUUUAAUGAGGUUAGAACAAAUUUGCUUGUUGGAGUUGUUUGCUUGAAUCCAGUUGACUCAUUUUCUAGUUUUGACAUCAAGAACAUAUUGAGAAUGGCUGAAUUAUAUCCUGAUGAUUUUGGUGAAAAUGUAAUGGUUACUCUUAGGAAUCAGCUAGAGACUUAUAUAGUUGAUGUCCGUGAUGUUGAUAAAAGGUUCUCCAACUUAAAAGGGCUUGGCGAUCUUUCUGAAAUGCUAGUUAAGGUAAAGAAGCAUUUAAACUAUCCUCUUGUGUUUCGCCUUAUAAAAUUUGCGUUGCUCUUGCCGGUUGCUACUGCUACAAUUGAAAGAGCUUUCUCGGCAAUGAAGUUGAUCAAGAGUGAAUUGCGAAAUCGAAUGGAUGAUGAUUUUCUGAGUAGUUGUAUGGUGCCUUAUGUAGAGAAAAGAAUAUUUAAUACUAUUUCUGAUGAGAGUAUUAUGAAUAGGUUUCAAGAAAUGAAAACUCGUAGAAUAGAAUUGUAA